GGAGGUUCAGGGGCUUAUAGCUGCUGAAUCUCUGGGAGAAGAUGUAGGUGACGACGAGGAAGACGAUGAUGGGGAGCAAGGCCAUGGCCGUUGGUGUCGGCUCCAUUACAGUUACAGCCUGCAGGAACUAAGGAGCAGGACCAUGAAGUACUUUGACUCUAUGGACAGCAUUCGUGUACACUGCCAUGGUGGACUAUCCAACCUCUGCCAAUUUCUUGAUGAAUCUGCCAGCCUACGCAGUCAAGGAGGUUAUGUUGAUGAAAAUAUCACGUUCUGUGUUUGGAGCUGGAAAGUUUUGUCGUCCAUUUCUAGGAGCUGCUAGGGAGAAUAUACUCGAGAGUGUUGGGCUGCAUGUAUCUGAUCGUUUGUCUGCAGCAUGGACCAGCAGCUGUGGCGAGUCGAUAAAGCCUACAACUUUCAGUCAAAUCAAGGCGGAACAGCCAAGGUUUACUCCCCUGCCAUCAGUGUUUGCUGUGUUAAGCAUGCACCGCCCAUACUCCUCAGAUGCUGGAGUCAAUUCUGAUGUUCCACAGAUCAUCGCACAAGACUCUACUACAUCUACAGAAAUCUCCAAGUUCAGUGCUGCUGCUGAUGUGGCUACAGACAUGGUUGAUUAUAUCACACUUACGCACCCUGCUCUUCUUACAUAUGCAAUCAAAGCUGGUGUGCUACUUGUUCUUGCAAAGACUGGAGUUGUGGCACCAAAUAUGGGAGUUUACAUCCCAAUAGCUUGGCACAGUGUGACAACCUUGUCACUACUCUGGUUUUUGCAUACAUUUAAAAGGAACUUCAUAUGUAUAGCUGGGAAAGAGGGCAACUUAAUUGGUAAAGAAUGGAUAUCACUGUUGAUAAGAUUUUUUCAAUUGGACUCAUGGCUCUUGGACUGUUUGGUGGCUGAGGCUGCAGGAGUAUCUGUUGAAUCAUUAUUGACUGUUAGUGGAGCGGGAGGCGUUGUUACAGCUUUUGCUGCUAGAGACGUUCUUGGCAAUAUGCUUUGUGGAUUCUCCUUACAACUUUCUGGGAUGUUCUCAGUUGAAGAAUACAUAAAGGCUGGCGUAGUCGAAGGCAUGGCGCUGAACAUUGGACUAACUUCCACUUCAUUGAUGAGUCGAGUAACACUUCCGAUCACAGUACCUAACUCCUCCUCAAAUCAGAUCAUUACAAACAUAUCUCGAGCUCAGUCCCGGGCAUGUAUAAUAAAGAUACCUAUCAGAACUGAGGACAUUGUGAAGAUUCAUGCAUUAUCAGAUGCCAUAAAAAAUGUUCUAAGGUCCAUUCCAGACAUUCUCCUGAAAACAGAUAGUCCAUAUUGCUACAUUUCAAGACUGGGUAAUUCAUAUGGAGAGCUCAUCAUAGGAUGCGACAUCCGAACGCUGGGAAAUGAUAACUUCUUGUUAAUUGAAAAGUAUAUUCUAUUGAAAGCUGCAACUGUGAUCAAGUCCCAUGGAAUUGCAUUAGGAGACCCUUUACCGUGUGCUGAUUUGAAGAUUAUUCUAGAAGCUACAAAUCGUUUAUUUUGAUGCCGUCGAAAACUCGUAAAUACUGCUAGUCUACACAGGUAUAUACAUCAUGGUUAGGAUUUUGCUUGGUGGCGCAAAAGGAGAAUUGUUCUGAUUGGUGGCUCAAGUGUUUUGCUUGGUGGUGUCAAUAGAAACUUCUACGGUUGAUAGUUUGUCUACAACUUUUUUACUUGCUGGUGGAGAUGGCAAAAGGUUUUGCUCGGUGAUGUCAAGAGCAACUUCUGUGACUGGUGGUUAGGCUAGAAUCUUUGCUUGCUGGUCCAGAGAAAAAGUUUUGCUUGUGGUGGCUUAGGAGUUCUGCUAGGUUGUUGUCAAGAGUUCAACUUCUAAUACUGGAGUAUCGGUGGUUUAGGCGAUUUUUGCUUGCUGGUGGACAUGAAACAAUUUUGCUUGGUAGUGUCAAGAAUUCCACUUCUGCUACUGAUGGCUAGUAAUUUUCCAGUACUUGUACAGAUCGUACUUGAUGGCGAUUCUGGAUUGUUUUGACGUUCAGAUUUCGUGUUCAGCGCCUCGCCUAGUGAGAGCGGGUAUAAACAUUGAAUAUCUAUUGGAAUUACUGAAAAAUUGAAAAUCCUCGUGAAGUGAAAAGA